GAGGGCUCUAGCGCAGCAGAGAGCGAGGGGGAGUGACCUGUAAGCUGUGAUCGUUCAAAAUUUCAGGCUAAGUCAACGUUUUCUAAAAGUUUCCUACUGCAGCUUUCAGUGUUUUUUAAAAAAAUGCAAUCGAUUGGUGAUUCAUAAUUAUCAUCAUCACUUGCUGACAAUCGUUCAUUUAAAAUUGAUGAGGUAAAAGGUCAUUAAGUUUUGCUUAAUUGUUGUGUGGUUCGCCUUACCUGUGAAGUGAUGUAUACUCAUUUACCACAUUUGAUUUUAACCACAACAUAAUUUUACCACAACUAUCAUGUUUAAAAUACCAAUGCCGUAGUAAAGCAUCAGUAAUUUAGUGGUUAUUGUGUUGUGUGUAGAUACUGUAGUAAAACCAUGGUGAUAUUUUGCAGGGCUGUGGUCGUUUCUUCGUAAGGUUUGUGCUUCUAAUUAUUGUUUUGAAAUAAAUCCAUAAUGUUAUCUGCAUACAUACUUAAAGCAUAAUAGAUAGAUAGAUAUGCAUGUUUUUUGUACAGUUAUACUUUGUGUGGUAACAGCAGGGUGUUGUGGACAGACAGCAAAGCUUUGCAGGUGUCUGUGUGACCUGUCCUGCCUUUGAUCUUUUGCUUGGUACAACCCUUUUUCUCUCUAUGAUUGGGAAAUUCCCAGACUAUGCCACAGACCCUAGCAGUCUCGCUGCCCAGCUGCCUCAGAUGGUACCUGUGCCUUGUCCGGGAUGGCUGCUGUCAGUUUAGACAAAGACGUACUGACACGGCUGCCGGAACUAAAGGCCAGGGUGACUUCUAUCUAUGGAACCAUCCUGAAAAUGGAUUCCACUAAAAAGUAACUGGCUGCUGCGGUAUGGAUCACAGAUGUGGGAAAUGAGUUUGAGCAGGUCCUCAUGUGUGUCCUCACUGAGGCAGAGGGUGACUGUCAGCUUCCCAUGUGCUCGUGGAGCGGUACCGGAGAGCUGGAGAAGCUCCUGCCCAAGUCCUCUAUGUGGACCGUGACUGUUGCUCUGCCACGGGGAAAGGAAAGGUAGAGGAAUGUUUAGUUAGUGGGACCAGCUGCUUGUCAGGCUGGACGUGUGGCACUUCAUGCGGAGAUUUGCAAGAGGAGUGACCACAGACAGCCACCCGCUUUAUGGCCCCUUCAUGAAACGCCUCACCGGUUGCAUCUUUGAAUGGGAUGCUUUGGAUGUGGAGAGGCUAAAUGAGGCCAAGCGGUCGACAGGCUGCCAGCCCACCCUUAAAGAACUGGCAAAGCAUUGCCGCCGCCGCACUCGAGGGGCCCAGGAGACUGAGCAGCUCACUGAGAAGUUGCUUAUAGACAUUGAUGGGGCUACGGGCACCAUGGGCAUCAAGCUCCUUGACCAGGAGAGGAUGCGGGAGAUCUGGCAGACCCAGCAGUGCCACAUGCAGUGCAUCCAGGAUCCGCCAGGUGUAUAGCUGUACAGGAAGACGGGACAGGUGACCAAGGAUGGGGUCAUUCUACAUGUGUACCACUGUGCACGUGGCUCGACAUCUCUGGAGUCAUUCCACCUGCACUUGAGUCGCUUUGUACCAGGUACAAGUGCAAAUGCAUUGCAUUUUCUAAUGUACCUGUUGGAAGCACUGGUGCAGUGGAACGAAGCAUGUGGGGUCGCUGCAGUUGAAGGUGCCAGCAGAGAGGAGAUCUGUUAUGGUGGCCAGCUGCUGCAGUACUGUAAUGUACUGAGCCAGCAGCUUCUGGGUCUGAAAUUGCCUCAGGAUUACAAUAGCCCCAGAGAGCUCUUUGGUGUGGAAUGUUUGUAUUCCCAAACCAGAAGAGCGUUUGAGGAAGACUUAGGUGUAGAUCCUGACAUUCCAGAUGGGAUUCGGGAUGAAGACCUACAGGGUGAUCUGGAGAGUAUUGAGGGGUUUGAGGAUCUGUGCCUUGAGUCCACUGAAUUUUUGGAAAUCGAGGGCAAUGACCUGCAGCCCCCUCAGGGACAGACAGUGGCCCUACAACCUCCUGAUCAGCCCUCAUCAUCAUCAGCAGCAGCUGAGUCUUCCAGUCCUGCCUCGGCCACUCAGAGCCAGAUGGAGAGUGUGGGACCUGACAGCCAAGCUGGUUAUGACCACGUCAUUAGGCUGGCCGACAGUCUGGUUGACUUGCGCCAUCAGGGGUUUGUCACUCAGAGUAAGUUGGAUGAGAUUGUUGUGCUGUGGAACAACCUGUCAGAUCAUGACAAGGGCACUCUCAUCUAUCCCCCCCACCACCGUGACAGAGUCCUGAAGGGUCGCUUCAAGGUCAGCCAUUCGAAGACCAAUGUGAUACCCGGAACUGAAAGUCUGAAGAGAUGCUUCCUUGGUGAAGGUGGACCAGCUCAGUGGCCCAGCACAAGCAGAGUAGUGGAAGCCAUCUGCCUGGCUCUCUGCCGAAUUUACCCUGCCGGUCAGACCAUCGCUGGAGUCCGGGUAAACCGAUGGGCUGCCAUCCUAAGGGAUUACAGGAUGAUCCGAGAUAUAGUCCUGGGCAGCCCCGGAAUCAUUGCUCAGACAAAAUUAAAACUGUUUGAGCUAAACCAGCUCCAUCUCCCAGGAACAAUGCCCGAAUAAAGAGUCAGGAGAGGGAGGUCUUGCAGCAGGACAUUGAGCCUCUUACUGCUCCUUUGGUGGCCCCUGAACAGCUCCCACUGGUACUGCCAAAACUACUGGAAGCAAUCCAGAAUGGUCACUCAUCCUUUGAGUUUUAAAAUUCCGUACAGGCAGCACUGUGUUCUCGAGGGCCAGCUUCCACAAUUGGGUUUGACACCAGUACCCCAAGUCCCUUCUGCCACCUCUGCGUCUGUACCUGCUGCUGCUGCUGCACAUACAGCUACCGCAGCACCUGCAACACCCAUACCUGUUGUGGGAGCACCUGUACCAGUUGCAACAGCAGAUGAGAAGAGGGUUCCCAGGACCACAUGGAAAAAAAAGAAGCUGGUAGAGGCAGCAGCUGCAGCUUAAGGUUUGGCCGCUAGGAAAAGAAAAUUACCUCUGCAGUUCCUUUGGCAAAAGUGUUGGCAGCCUAAGACUAAAGAAUUUGGCCACGGCCAGUUCAGGGGUGUCCACUUGUGCAAAGGUUUCUGGGAAGACUGUGUCACAAUGGAUGGAGGAAGUCAAGAGAGGACAGCCAAAAUAAUCG